AACAUAACCCACCAAAAUUAUUCCAUCAGGAAUACAAGUCGUGUCCACGAAGACCAAGCGUCGACUUUAAACAUGGAGAGAUUGCUUGUUCCUGUCGGGAAGUGAUAGAGGAUCCAGCCCCGACCUCUUUAUAUUCAUCGCUCCUACGCGCCACUCGGCUUCGUCUUCCUCCACAAGCCCUAAUCGAAGCCCUAAUUUUUGAACAAAUUAUCCAAGAAAAGGAGAGAUUUUUCUCAGCCCUUCCUUUUAUUAUAUUGCGAUACCAGUCGGGGAAAGAAUUCUCGUGUUCUUCCCCCCUGGUCUAUCUUAUUGGACCAAAAGUCAGAUCUUUUUGCUCCCUUGUCGAAGCCUAUAAGAUGCAGGCCGCUUGCACUCGAACUGUGGAUGUAGCUAUCCCCUUGCCUCACCUCCUCAAGCCCGACUUCGAGCCGCCCCCCUCGCCCUCGCCGUUGGCCACCAUGGCGCCGUCCCAAGAUGAGCUAAAGCGCGUGGCUGCCCACCGGGCUGUCGAGCUGGUAGAGUCCGGCAUGGUCAUCGGCCUGGGCACCGGCUCCACCGCCGCCCACGCCCUCGACCGCAUCGGCGCCCUCAUCCGCAGCGGCGCCCUCCGCGAUGUCGUCGGCAUCCCGACCUCGGAGUGGGCCGCCGCCCGCGCCGCCGCUGCCGGCAUCCCUCUCUCCGAUCUCGAUGCCCACCCCGUGGUCGACCUAUCCAUCGACGGCGCCGACGAGGUCGACCCCGCCCUCAACCUCGUCAAGGGCCGGGGCGGCUCUCUCCUCCGGGAGAAGAUGGUGGAGGGCACCAGCCGGCGCUUCGUGGUCAUCGUCGACGACUCGAAGCUGGUUCCUCGCCUCGCGGCCAGCGGCCUCGCCGUCCCCGUGGAGAUCAUCCCCUUCGGCUGGGCCCUCACUCUCCGCCGACUACAGAGCUUGUUCGACGGCGUGCCGGGCUUCAAUCUCAAGCUCAGGACCGGCUCCAUCAACGCCAAAGCCACCACCUUUGACGAGAAGGGGUCGGACUCGGAGCCAUUCGUGACUGACAACAAGAACUACAUCGCGGAUUUGUUCUUCGAGAAUGGGAUCCAUGGCGACCUGAGAGUGAUCAGCGAUGCGAUCCUGAGGAUUACCGGAGUGGUGGAGCAUGGGUUGUUCCUCGGAUUGGCGUCGUCGGUGGUGGUGGCACACAAGGAUGGGGUGGUGGUGGUGAAGGACAAGGAGGCGACAUCGAAUGGGAUAAAAUAGUGUAGUCAACGGAUAAUAAUUGAAUUUUUCAAUAUUAUCUUUUCGAUGGAUGAAGGAUGAUAGAGAUUACGUUAGCCGAAGGAUGAUUACUACUGAUUCCAAGACGCAAAGGUAACCAUUCUACAAUACUAUUGAUUGAUUGUAAUUUGAACCCUAUUAUUUUUUAAUCAUAUAAGACUAAAUUGUGAUUAAUGUCUUGAUAAAGAUUAUUAUUUGUUCAAAAUGAGUUUGAUAUUGGUUACAAUAAUUUGCUUUUUAGUUCCGGAGGAUACUGUAGAUAGUUAAUUCUAAAUUUUUUUCUUUGUUUACUUGUGAGACUACGCCAUCCAUCCGAUGUCAACAAUAAAAAGAGGAAAUGUUACGAGUAUAUGUAAAUAUAAAAAUUAUAAUCAUGUUAUUAUUAUGUGAAAAAAAUAAUAUAAGAUAGUGUACCUUUCGAUAUAAUUUAGAAUAGUUUUCGAUAGUCUACCAAAUGUAUAAUCAUUCAAUCCAAAUAAACUAAUUUGUAGGAAAAACUAAACUCAUAGAAAUACGAUAAUAGUUCUAUAAUCUUUUUUCUAUAUAUAUAAUCUUUAGAAAAUCUUAUGAUCAAAGUGUUAGUGAACAAAUGUGUCGUGGCUAAUCAGUCAGCACGGCCUGAUCCACGGGUCGAUGUCGGGAGUCUUCUGUCGGUUGAGCUGGAUGUCGAGGUUGACUGGGCCCUCGCGACAGGGUGUUGAUCAGUGUUCCCUGGUGUGCCGAUCCGAGCGUCGUGUAUGUCGAGUUGCGUCUCUCCUUCUCCGGGGUGGUUGAUAGCUCGUCUUCGUGAGGUGGUUGCACCCUCGGGAAGUAGUGCUGGUUGGCGUUGGUCGGGAUCCGGGCUGAUUGACUAUUCUCCUUCGUGCACUGGAUGGCGAUUCCCGGGUGGUUGGUAGCUUGCCUUCAUGAGGUGGUCGCAUUUUCCUGCAAAAAUGGCCCUCGACGAGGCCCAUCCGACGAGUAAGUUAGUAACGAGAGGGAUUGCUUUCCUUUUUCCCUUUUUGUUUUCUGCCUCUCCCCUGGCCAAAGGCCGGCCAGGGGUUUUAUACUAUGGCGCAAGGGUUAAUGGUGCGUCGAUUCGACGUCGCCGCUAAACCUCGAGGGAUGGGACGACCCUUCUAACCGAUCAUCGUUCCGGGAUGUGCAGAGCGACGUCAGACGGCACCGCCCCAAGCUCCCGGGACGGGACGUGUGGCGUAGGACUCUGACUUGGCAUGCUGUGUCGGCUGUGACGUGUUCAGGCUGUCAAAAUAUACUAUAUCACAAAGCAGAUAGUUUAGGAUAAACAGGAAAUUCACUCCCAUCAAGAUCAUUCCUAAUAAAAAAAAUUUAUUCUAACUUUAUGUGAAAAUUUUAAUAUACAUGUCAUAACCAUAUAAAUAUCUAAAAAUAAUAGAUGUGACUUCUACUAAGAUGACAAUGUGUGAUACAGUGCAAUGAACAUGCAUGAUUAUAAGCUAUGCGUGCUACUUGAUUGCUUCUUGCACGUAAGAUUUUUGAAUUUUCUUAAUUUAAUUGAGGAUUUUGCUUUGUGCAUAGCUUAAUAGAGGGAAAAGCAUUGACCAAGUACAACGACAUCCGGCAAAGAUCGGGACGGCACCACCCGAGUACAGCAUUGUCUCGCGAAGAUCGAGACAGCGAUGUCUCGCAAACAUCGGAACAACACCAACCGAGUACAGCGCCGUCCCGUAGAGAUCGAGACGACACCGACCAAGUACAGUGCCAUCCUGUAAAGAUCAGGAUGGCACCACUCGAGUGCAGUGCCGUCUCAUGAAGAUCGGGACAGCGUCGACCAAGUACAACGCCCAUUGGGUCGGCAACUAUAAAUAUGACAAGUACGGUUGGUCCCCAAGCAGAGGGAUAAAAACCAGUCACGGGGCCGACGAGAGGGGGAUUGAUUCUUGGCCCAUUUUUCACCCAGUCAUAAUAAAAUCUUCGGAGGGGUCGAAGUCGGGAGUCCCCUUCCCGACCCCGACCUGUGUACAGGGACAAAUGAUAGGGAGGAAGGCCCAUGACGACGAACGUCGCCUUGUCGCCCGAGCGACGGUUGAGCCUGAGGCCAAUGCCCAUGCACAGUGUGCGAAGCCUCCAACACCCUCGCUCCGGCAGUCCCGAGCCUGACACACUAUCAUUCGACUCGGCAUACUCCCUCUGGGCAUAACUGUGAUCAGUGAACCGACGUAUGGAUGAGGUUCAGCGAGAGUUUCAUAAGUCCAAAGAGGAGCUUGGCGAGUCCUCUUUAGGAGGAUCACCUAUUACACCUGAAAUUUAGGCCAUGCCAAUUCCUCCAAGCUUCCGUCUCCAUGUUCUCGAAGCCUAUGACGGUAGCUCCGACCCGACAGAACAUGUCGCCACCUUUCGAGCCCAGAUGGCCCUAUACGACACUUUGGAUGCCCUCAUGUGUAGGGCAUUCCCCACCUCGCUCUUAGGCCCAGCUUGAAUGUGGUACAGUCGACUCAGACUGGCCUCGAUCGCCUCCUUCGACUAGUUGGCCAAGGAGUUUGAGCUCAAUUUCCUGGCCAGCGUGCGACCGAAGCCGUCCGCAGCUCUGCUCCUCGGUCUCAGCCAAAAGGACGACAAGCCCCUUUCUCAUUUUGUGACUCCCUUUGCCACUGAAAUUUGGGGGCUGCCCAAUGCUCAUCUCUCUUUGAUAAUGCAUGCAUUCUUAAUGGGACUUCGGCCUUCCAGAUUCUUCUGGUCGCUGGUCGAGCGGUUGCCGACGUCUAUCCCUGAAAUGCUUUAGUGUGCUAACCAAUUCGUAGCCGCCGAAGCAUUGAUGGCCGGAAAGCGUGAGGAGCAUAAGAGGCCGCGAGUAGAACCAACCCGAGAGCAAGCCCCGGCGUCGCCAAGAAGGAGGAUCGACCGACCCAAUGCACCACUCCCGAGGCCCCCACUCCCGCCUUUGAAUUCCUCCGGGAUGGAGAUAUUCUUGCAUAUCAUGGAGAAGGGACUCUUGAAGGCCCCUAAUCCGAUGAAGGCACCACACGAGCUCAGAGACCGCUCGAAGUAUUGCUGGUUUCAUCGCAACUAUGGACACGACAUCGAGGAGUGUCGCGACUCGAAAAACCAGAUCGAAGAACUCAUACGCUGGGGGCACCUAGGUCACUACAUUAGGAGGUUGUGUGAAUUGUCGCCCCGUCCUUCGGGUCCAGUCAAAAAGUAAAUUGAUGUGAUCAGCGGCGGUUUGGCAUUAGGGGGAGAUAACAUGGCGAGGCGGAAGGCUUAUGCCCGUGCAACCAUUGAAAAACACCCGAGGCAACCCCAAGUGCCCGAGAUCACCUUCUCGGCAAGAGAAACUGAGUACCCGGAGCAUGACGAUGUGCUAGUCAUCUUGGCCAAGAUCGCCAAUGCUCGGGUUAAAAGGACCAUGGUGGACACCAGGAGCUCUGUCGAUGUCCUGUACUUCGACGCCUUCCGGAAACUCUGACCAAGGAAGACCUCGACCCAAUUCAAUCGGCACUUACUAGAUUUACAUGUGAUUCCAUUUCAUCCCUCGGCACAAUCGUCCUACCAGUCACCCUGGGUGAAGACCCACAGGUCAAGACGAUCAUGAUAAUCUUUAUGGUGGUGGAACUCCCCUUGGCAUACAACGUCAUCCUGGGCCGACCAACCCUCAACACGCUCAGAGCGGUCAUCUCCGCAUACCACCGGGUGAUAAAAUUUUUGACCUGAGCAGGGGUCGAGGAAGCGAGGUGUGAUCCUCAGGAAUCCCGACAAUGUUACCUAGCGACUAUCACAUUACUUAAGAAGCCGAGGCGCGAGCAUCCCAUCACCGACCCUCGAGACAUCGUAAAGCCAACGCAAUGCCCCGAACCGACCGAGCACACCCAAGAGGUCCUGCUAUGUCAUGACCGACAAAAAUAGGGUCGUUAGGGUCAGGUCAGGGCUACCGAAGGAGGAAAGAGAGCAACUCAUCAACCUACUAGUUGAAAAUGCUAAUGUCUUUGCCUGGUCACCAGCGGACAUGCCCAAGAUUAACCGAACGGUCGUACAACACCACUUGAACAUCAGUCCCCAAGCGCGACCGGUGAAGUAGUGGCCCCGAAAGCUAGCACUCGACCGACAAAAGGCUGUAAAUGACGAGAUAGAAUGACUCUUGGUGGCAGGAUUCAUCGUAGAAAGAAAAUAUUCUCGAUGACUGUCGAAUGUAGUUCUUGUUAAGAAACCUAAUGGAAGUUGGAGAAUGUAUGUUGACUACACCGACCUCAAUUAAGCAUACCCGAAGGACCGCUAUCCACUCCCGAGGAUCAACCAGCUGAUCGACACAACCUCAGGGCAUGAGCUCCUCACAUUCCUGAACACGUUCUCGGGGUACAACCAAAUCAAGAUGGCGCCGAAAGACCGGGAACAUAAAGCUUUCAUCACAAACUAAGGAGUUUACUUCUACACAGUUAGUCAUGUCAUUUUGUUGGAAUUGAUAAGUAUUUUAAGAUUUUUAAAAUCAAUUAUUCUUAAUCAUAAUACAAGGGCUCUUGUUUAAGGAAAAAAAUCUUAAAAAUUAAAACUUAAUUUUUUUUAUAAAUAUUUUAUAUAUUUUUAAUUUUUGAUAGGAAAAAAAAAUUAUUAGAAAUAUUUUAUAUGUCCUACAAUAUUUCUAUAAUGUGAGAAAACAAACAUGAAUUUUUGGAGUCUACAUAAGAGGUGUAUUAAAGUUUGAGUGAGUUAUAAAUUGAUUUCAUAUGAUGAUGAAUAUAAAUUUUUUUAAUAAAUAUAAGUAAGGCAUGUCGAAUCACUCACCUUUACAAUCUUACCUUAAUUAAUGUACACAAAUCAUUAUUCUUGUAAACAGAAAUUAUAUGUUCAAGAGUUAUCCUCAUAUGACUCCAAGCCUUCGGCAAAGCAGGUGAUGCCAAUCAAUUUGGGCAUGCAAUUGUAAGCUUAGACAUAUACUAACAUCAACAAUUUCCAAUGGUCAUACCAUAUUAAUGAAUUAUUUCGUUCAUUACAAUAUAAAUAUUUUUUGUAUCGCUAAACACUCGGAUGACAAAAGACACUGUGGAUGGAAUAUCCAACUGUGAUAUUAAAGAGUUCAUGUACCUUUUUUUUUUUUCCUGAAUAUUUCCACUUGUGAAGAUAAUAAUAAUCACUCGUUCAUCAUUUUUUUCUAAGAAAUACUUUAUAUUACUUUACUAAAAGUUUGCAAACAGAUUUGCUGAUUGUAAAAUUCACAUACACAAUGAAAAAAUCACAUAAAAAUCACGUGUAUUGGUAAGUUUUAGAGGACAACAGAUGCAUCAACCAAAUAUUAUGUCACCUCAUCUCAGAGGUGAAACACUGUCACCUCUCUCUCAGACCCAACUCAGUUGAUGAAGUAUAGUUUUUCUAGACCAUGAAACACUGCCGAGAAAUUUUGGUCCCAUCUCACCAACCUCAAUAAAUCAUAUUUUUAAUGCUGCCGAUUGUAUUAUAGAAGACAUUUAUCUUCACAGAGUCCAUUCCAGAUUCUAUCAUCGUUGUCGAAGGACAAGAGAUGAAAGAAACAAGCAAUUCCGGAACAUCCUCUACUUCAAGAUAAGCAUGCAAGUGGAGGUCAUAACUUCAUCUGCUUGUCUUGUAGAUUCCAUCUGUAUUUAUCGGAACAUUAAAACAAUAGAUCGAGGCUGCCAUGAUUAUCCAAUUAAAAUACAAAUGGUGGACCCAUUCACAGUCGAAGCUUUAAUAGAAGACGAAGGACACUGAAGAUGAUCUCAACUAUGGAGGCUCCACCGAAAAAGCGUGCUAUCAGGACAUGUGAAUGGGGUCAGACGCAUCUAUGCAACCCGCUUCCCAAGAUGGCCUUUCAAGUUUGAGCCUGCUGUUAUUAAUAUGGAGCGGUUUGUGGAGGAAGAAGAAGAAGAAGAGGAAGGGAGAGAAGGGGAGAUGUGAUGGGGACCCUUUGUUGCCCGCCUCAUUCGAUCGACAUAUGCUUUUCCUUCCCCUUGUGUCUCUUCAUCUGCUCCUACAUAUUGAAUACUCGAACGCUUGUUGUUCUCAUAUGUUGUGGAUGCAUGUGGAUGUGCAUGGAUUCUGAGUGUGUUUCUUGUUUCUUUUGUGUUGCUGUUUUGUCUCAGUUUACGAGUAGUUCAGCUUAGAGAUUAGGAGGGAUUUUUUGGGUUGGAGGUGGAGCUCCUUGAAUUCCAAAGGAGGGUCUUGGUUGGGUGGAUUGAGCUGCUGGUUUAUGGAUUCCACCGCCGUAUUCCAUGUUUUCUUUGCUAUGGCUGAUGACAAAGAUGGUGAAUGUUUUGGGAUAGGCUUGUGGUUUGCAUAACUCAGGAGCUGGGUAUUUGGAUUGAAGGGAGCUCUACAUCUGUUUACUCCAACUUUCUGUUCUUGUUUUUCAUUUCUCUGUCUUGUUUUAUAAUCACUAUCCUCUCUCUCUCUCUCUCUCUCUCUCUCUCUUUUAGUCUGUUGCUUUCUUAAUUAUUGCCAAGAUUUUGAUGAGGGUUUGCUUAGUUUGUGGCGACUUCUUGAGUGCUGAUGGUGCCGAAGGACAGCUUUUCGAUUCCCCAAGGGGGUUCUUCUAUUCCUCUGGUCGACGCGAGUUUUGCUAGUGUGUGAGCUUAAGUGUCCUCUGUCCGAGGCACCCUUGUUAUUACAAAGUCUUUAAAGCAAUCGAUAAGCCGUCGUACCUCGGCUAAAUAUUUGAUCA